AUGCGUCAAGUCGAGCAAGGUAGAAAUUGGAUGCCCGACCAAGGUUUGAAUUCCUCAAUGCAACAGGAGCAUCUACUGUCGAAGCAUGGUAAUACAUGGUACCUAGUACCUUAUACAAAGCAACAUUCCAAAACCGAUCACAGCUCAGUAAGAGACCAGAUAGGAAAGACCCCCACCGUUCUUCCCUCACCGCUUCCACAGGGGAUAAACCACUACCCGACUAUUCCUCCACUGCCUCCACUCUACUCCCUCCCUGCAUCAUUUGUCCCCGAGCACAGCCUUCGAGAAAAAAGAAAUAUGACUGCUCCAUUCUCCGUCCCAGCAGAUUGGCACCGAAUGAGAGCCAUCCCUGCACCUGCUGCUCUUCCUGCCGCAUGA